CUCUCUCUCUCUCUCUCUCUCUGGUCGACGGCGGCUCUCGCAUGACGGCCAUGGAAGAGACGAUUCUCUCGGCGGUUCCUGGCCGGCGCCUCCAUUAAGCGUCGAGAGGGGGCGGAGGGAAUUGAUCUGCGGAGUCUCCAACGGAUGCCCGAUUUGCGUUUCAGCUCGUGAUGAGUGCUGGUGGGGCAUUUGGAGGGAAUAGGGGAUUGCGACCGGUACCUCCAGAAAAAGGUAUCUUCCCCUUGGAUCACAUGCACGAAUGCGACCAGGAGAAGAAGGAUUAUCUUGAUUGUCUCAAAUCUUCGAGUCAUCAAUCUGAAACAUGUAGAAGAUUCUCAAAGAAGUAUUUGGAGUGUCGUAUGGCAAAGAACUUGAUGGCAAGGCAAGACAUGUCAGAACUUGGAUUUGGAAAUUAAGCAGAAGCCGAAGCUCCAGGAGCGAAUGAAUCUAAGAGGACUGACAAGUGAUUCUUCAAUUGCCGAUAUAAGGGUCCUAGUUACUGCUAGAAAAUUCUUCCUUUUUCCCUCCUCCGACCAAAUCUGCCUAAGGUCAGAAGCAACUCUAGGUGCAUGUGGACUCAUCUAUUAACAGAUCAAAUAGGAGCCCGAGUGUCCUUCAAAAAGCAUUCUAGCAUCCACAGUUUUCUUGGAUGAUGGAGUAUACUCUUUGAGAUAGUCUAAAUAGAAGUUGAAUCACCAUUACAUUGCAAGUAAUCCGAAUUUGUGUUCCCAAAAAUAAUCCAAACGUCAAUCCUUUUGCACUAAA